AAAAGCGCGCGAAGUUGGCGAAAAAAAGCGGCAGCGUUCGGUCAGGUUCGGUUGGUUCGGUUAGUCCGGUACGUGUUUAGCGUGUUUAGCGAGGAGGAUUCAUUUUUUGGAGUUAAUUAUGGCAUUGUCAAAAGCCACUCAAGGUCAUGACCGUUACGACCCCAAGCAUUUCAGCGAUUAUUUACCUCUGUAUUACAGCAAGCUAUUUCCUUCAAGCAUCUUUUACAAGUGGCUGACCUAUGGAGGUGUGGACAAGACGAUGGGUCAAAACCGUGAGAUAUCGUUCACGCUCGAAGACGACGUCUACCUGCGUUUCCAAUCAUUCUCCGAGCAAAAAGACUUGGAAAAAGCGCUCAGAGACAAGAAUCCCCACAAGAUCGACAUAGGGGCCAUCUACAAUCACAAUCCUAAGCUCCACCAUCAUGAGUCAACGUUUGCUCCCCGAGAAAAGGAACUGGUGUUUGACAUCGAUAUGACAGACUACGACGAAGUGCGAACAUGCUGCCAGGGCGCCGACAUCUGCAACAACUGCUGGCUUUUUAUGACUUUGGCCAUGCAAAUAUUGGACCGAACUUUGAGAGAGGACUUUGGAUUUGAACACAUUCUAUGGGUUUAUUCUGGUCGCCGUGGGGUGCACUGUUGGGUCUGUGACGCGAAAGCGCGCAAGCUGCACUCGUCUGCUCGUUCAGCCAUUGCCAACUAUGUCAGCGUCAUCAAGGGGGGUGCCCACAACAGCAAGAAGGUAUCAAUAUUUAAAACCAUCCAUCCAAGCAUAAAGGCAUCCCUGAAGAUCCUCAAGAAAUCCUUUUCUACUCUGACACUUGAAAACCAAAGGAUACUCGAAGACGACAAGUUCUGGCAUGGUGUGAUCAACAAUUGCCCCGAUGAAUCUAGUAAAGAAGAAAUAAGGAAGUGUGUCUUGUCACCUACAUCAUCCGAACAGCGUUGGACAGAGUUUGUGGAUGCAGUAGAGAGGCUAAAGCGCAAGAGCCUGAAGUGCCAGUUUCUCGUUGAGGAAGUGAUGCUAGAGCUCUGCUACCCUCGGCUGGACAUUGCAGUUACAAAAGGCGUCCAGCACCUUCUGAAGGCACCAUUCUGUGUGCAUCCAAAAACUGGACGAGUGUGUGUACCCAUUGAUGUGACCAAUGUUCAUGCUUUUGACCCUACAAAGGUGCCCACUGUUUGUGACCUGUUUAAUGAGAUUGAUGCCUAUGACGCAAAUCAGAAAGAGUCUGAAAACACAAGCCCGGUCAUGAAAGACUACAAGAAAACAAGUCUAGCACCAAGCAUCAGCCUUUUCCAGCACUUCGUGAGUGAACUCAGCGCGGAGUGGAAAGGAAAACUUAUCGAAAUCAGCGACAAAUCUCAACACUUCUAAGCUCCAUUGAAUCAUCUCUGGAAUUUUUAAGGAUAGAAAAAAUAGCUUCUUUUUGGAGUAAUGACCACUCGUUUCAUUAUGGCUUUUGUAGGUUCUUAUGUGAAUUUUCAGUCCAGUCAUUUAGCUAGGGCAGCCAUUCAACAAAAUCAACCCCAAAAAGUGGUUUAACCUAAUGUCCCCCCCCCCCCCCCCCCCCUUUUUUUCUUCCUCAAUCUUACCAAUAUAAUUGUAUCAUAUGUACUGUUCUUUUGCUGGACGAUUUGGUUAAGAUUGAAGUGUAUGAAUUGUGCCGUGCUUAUUUAUCCUUUUCUCAUGAGUUUUUAAAAUACUUCAUAACUAUAAGUCUCCUCUUUAUUUACCUUUUCUUUAAUGUAAGUACAUUGUUUUUACGUGCUGCUAAUCUUUUAUUUCAACUCACUGGUAACUCAUUUUAAGGUCCUCUAAAAUGUCAUAUCUCAAAGAAGCAAAUCUGAAAGUAUCUGAGGGAUUAUAUCUCAAUUUUAUGGGAUACAUUAAUUCUUUUCAUUCUGUAAAAGAAAAACAAUUCUAAGAAUGUAUUUCAUAAAACUAGGCAUGCACUAUUUUGUUACCAGAGAUUUGACCUCUUCACAUUGUUAGAUAUAAAUAAUAAAACAAUGAACAAAAUGUAUUGCAAUUA